AUGGAGCAGGAUUCAGGACUACCCACCCGUCUAUUUGCCACGGACCGGAACCCGAUCAACCGCAUCAAUGUUUACUCAAGACUGGACUUGCUUACUCAUCUUCAUCACACGCUAAAGAGAACUCCUGCGUUUGAAUUCAUUAGAGCCUCUUGUUUUGGUCCUUUAUUCGACCUUCCAGCGCUUAGGUGUCCUAUUUCUUGCAAACUCAUCCACGCACUUCUAACCCGGCAACUCGUCACUAAAAAAGAAUUUGGCACUGUCACACGUUUGCCUUGUGGUGAGUACCCGCAAAACUACGAUCCGGAUUACCAACCCACUACCCCCAAAAAUCCUGGUGAUUACUGGAGGGAACUAAUUGGUGAUGAUCCCAAAACUACGUUGGCUGACAUCGCUGCGCUGCUCCGUAAUGAGCCAGAUAUGCCUACGGGUAGGAAAAUUCGUCUCGCUUUGCUUAUUAUUGUCGACGGUGUGCUCAUCGCUAACUCCCAAGGUUCAACCAUAAAUGAGGCUUCUGUUGAACUAUUCCGUCAACAAAUGCCCCAAGCUACUUUUAAGCUGCAAGGUUUCCCAUUAGCACUGCAACUUGUUGCAUUCCGUGCAUGUCCUUUACUACCAUCUAAGUUACCAAAGGACUCUGACCAUCCAACCUUGCUGGAAUGGACUACUGUACCAUUCUCAAAAGGCAAUGCUUUGUCUCAUUCUGACGUUAUAGAAAUUGAAUUCUCAGACGCGCUCGUUGUCCACCCGCUUAUUCCGGUAGAUCAGCCUCAUACCGAGGGGUGGGGAGAUUGGGAUGAUGAAGUUAAGGACAAGAAAGUCGACCAUCUUGAGCUUCUUGUCAAACAGGGUCAUGUUUUCCACAAGUCGAAUUGGCACGGGGGAGAUUCAACAGAAGCAUUGACAACACAUAACCCAACCAUUUCUAAAAGGGAACACCAGAAACACAUCCUCAAUAGGAGAACAAAGAUGUCGUCUCCCCCUGGCCCAUAUUCACUUCGCUCAAGGCAAGUCACACCAAAGAAACCGCCAAAUCGUAAACAGAAGCGAAUCCAUGACUAUCUCAAGCCUCUGCCGCGCGACUUGCAGUCCCAGGUCAACAUACUUUCCAAGCAGGAGUCGCCUGCAUUCCAUCCUCAGCUCACCCUUGUGGACCAGUACCGUUCAGAGUCGCAUGAAGACGUCCCUACUUAUCCAAUUCAUACAGAACUGGAUAAUCUAAUGGAUGUUGAUGAGAUUGAUCCACAAGUACAAACACCCUUCGUCAGAAACAUGGUCCAGGUACAGUCUACUUAUUCAGCGACUUGUGGGACGCUGGUGGCCUUAUCUAUAACGGCAUCAACAGCAACUCCAGCAUACUAG